CUGUGAAAAAGGUCCCUUUCCCACGGGUUUUCUGUUGGAUUUUUUCUCCACUUUUCUCCUUUGACCACUUCUUCUGCCUAUUAUUUUCUUCUCAUUCCCACUACUACUUCCUCUCCUUACAUCUUGCCUUAUUUACUCUAUAGUUAUGAUCAGAAAUAGGUACUGUACUAAUUAUGAACCUCCAAAAUUUUGUGCUUCAAGCCUUAGCUCCUUCAGCCACUUCUCUUCUCUAUUCACCUUCUAAAUCAACAAGAUGGGGUGAUAAAAAUGCAAACUUGGUUUCUAAAGUUCUUCUUCUUUGUCCUAUAAAAUAUAGAAAGUCACUUAGGUCUGGCAAAAAUGUCUCUAAAGGUCAUAGUAGCAGACAACCAUGUUGUAGUUCAAGUUUAUAUGCAAAUUUUGGAGAAGAACAAUAUGAUGGAGAAGGUAUUGAAGAAAGAUUUAGGAAAAAUGAAGGAUGUUGUGCAAUUUUUGAGAGUAAAUAUGCAAGAAAAGACUCAUUUUUGCCAUCAAAAUUUGAGUCCCUUGAACCAAGAAUGCUUGGUAUUAAACCAGAACCUCCAUAUUGGCCAGAAAGAGAGGCAAUUUUAUGGACAAAUAUUGAACAAAAAGCCAAAAGUUUUGGACUUCCUUUGUCACUUAGAAUGAUAAAAAAGAAACAUCAAUUGCAGUCUGGUAAUUUUAGAGACUUUAAAGAGACCAAUUCUUGCACCUCAAAGGCCUUUAACACUUUGGUAAUCAUUGUUCUGGAGUUGCAAACUUAUGCAUUGCACAUGAGGGAAUCAAUAUGCAAUGAAGAUUUGGAUACAAUUAUCGCUAAAGUACAAGGAGAAAUGUAUUCAUCGUUCGUUUGGCUUUUUCGACAAGUAUUUUCUCGAACACCAACAUUAAUGAUCUAUGUGAUGAUCCUUUUGGCUAAUUAUAGUGUAUACUCUGCCUCUCAAAAUUUUGCUAUUGCUAAACCUUUACCACAAUUAGCCUGUGAUCAUAAUCAACAACACGUGCAGAUUACUUAUCCUCGUAUCAUUCCUGAAGAGCUAUCAGAGUUUGCUGAUCAAGUACUGAGAAGUGAUAAAGAGAUAGAAUUGUGGGAUUCGAUAGAAGAUGAAGCCUUAAAUAUGAGGGGUAUAAGGGAUAUUAUUGGGCUUGAUCAUGAAGCCAUGCUAAAGUUUGUCUCACCAUUGUCAGUGGAGAUUGAACCAGAUAACAAUGUUGACUAUUUUAAGACUGAUCUUCUUUAUCAGAUUGCUCUGUCUCAUGAGCCUUAUAACACUCUUCUACUAUGCAAUUAUGCACAGUUUCUGCAAGUUAUCGCUCGAGAUUAUAAUAGGGCAGAGGAAUGUUUCAAGCGGGCAGUCCAAGUAGAACCACCGGAUGCAGAGGUCCUAUGUCAGUAUGCAAACUUCUUGUGGAAGGCUAGGAAGGACUUAUGGGGAGCAGAAGAAAGAUAUCAACAGGCAUUGGCAGCUGAGUCUAGGAACCCUUAUUAUGCAUCUACAUAUGCCAAUUUCUUGUGGAACACUGGCGGCGAGGAAACUUGUUUCCUUCCAAGUAGUACUACUUCCUUCAACAACAGAAAAGUGAUUAUGGUAAAUAUUAAGUAACUACAAAGUGGAGAAGAAGUUUCUCAAGACACCAACAUAGAUGAAUUUUGUUCCGGUAAAUUGCAUACUAAUAAAUGCUAAUGUGAAUGAUCGGUCUAUUAUUAACACGCUUUUUCUAGGGAAAUGGCUGUACUAUUUGUUCUUAAUUUUCUGUGUCUAUAUUCAGCAUGAGUAAUUCGCCUGGAGCUAUUCACCAAUUCAGGGAAAUGGCAGAAAGCAAAAGUUCCAAGUUAGAGGGAAAGAUCAUGGUUUUUGUAUCAAUGUUGUGAAGUCUAUAACAAGAGUAAUGUGUUUUCAAAAUUUUGUAACUCUGACCAAUUUUGUGAAGUAUACAAUAGCAGUAGUGUAUUUUCAUCUUUUUACAAACUUGCUGCUAGUAUAUUUGUGUAUUUAUGAGUCAGUUUGGUAAUUUUGUUUUUUCAGUUUGGAAUGUCAGUCUUUUCAGGCUUAGCCAGGAGUAUUGUAUGAUUAAUCAUUGAAUACAUUUUAUCUCAUUACUGCUGAA